AUGGAUAGCAUAUUAUUACCAAAUGAAAUUGACAUGUAUAUUGAUGCUAUGAAACCACAAAACAUAAAAAAUAUUGGAAGCCAUCAGUGGCUUGAAUGGCAUCAGAGGCUACAGAAACUUAAUCAGGAAGCUCUUAUAGAGGCUUCUGCUGUUAGAGAAGAGCAUGUUAAGGAAUCUUUAGUUUCAUUCGGAAAAGUAAACAUAUUAAUACACGAAGCUAUUCUAAUAAACAUUUGGAAACACAAGGUUUUCCCCCACUUAUUGAAGAUAGAACCUAAUCCCGAAAGCACAUUUAUAGCCUAUUCAAUUUUUUAUCAUGAAGCAGUCUGUGUAGCACUACUCGAGCUCGUUUUAUAUCACCCUAAUUGUUGUGAAGCACUGGAAGACUCGGCAAUUGAUUUAUUGGAUUAUUUAAGCGGCACCACUUCGCAACUGCUAUCAGUUACAAAGGAAGAUGGCACAAACAAGGAAAACGCUGAAGAAGAACUUCUGCGACAAAGGAACAAUUUAGCAUUUGACAUCGGCAUACGAUCCCUAUCCAUUGUGAGAUAUUUGGCAGAUAGUAUGGACAGACUGCCAAUUAGUAUUUAUUCACGCAUGUACUCGACUUACGAUAUACCAGCACUCUUUACUCAAAUACUGAUGGCAGCACCUUGGAUCAAAGACGGAAAACAGUACAUUGCAGGAUCGUGGAAAACUUGGGAUAACGAACAACUGUGUCAGUCGGAAGCUCAGGUAUGGUUAACUUUGCGACAAUUACUGCUAGAUCCAGAAUGUUCAAAAUAUUACGCAAUAACGGAGAGUCGCCGAUCUCAGAUAAUGAAACUUUUACCGUUAAUGAAACCAACAAUUCUGGACCAGCUUUCACCACUGAUUGAAUUAAAGCAAUGGCUGUGCCGUUUAUCAGUGACGGGUCAACCGUCGGCCCCACCAAAACCGCUUCUUCUAGAAACUGUGCUAGAAAUUAAAGAAAAAAUAUUGCAGCAAGCCGGAGGCAAAUGGAAGAAAAUUGCCGAGAAGCAAGUACCUUUGAUAUUUACCAACGAUCAAAGCGCUCUCCAAGAUGUAGCAAAAAAAUUAAACGAAGCUUACAAUACUGACCUACUAGAAAAGUUUGAAGUAAAAGAACAAACGGCAUGUGCUCAAUGCGGAAAAGGAGCCCUUCAACGAUGUUCUAAUUGCAAGAAAUCAUGGUACUGUUCAAGAUCGUGUCAAGUUAAUCAUUGGCCCCAACAUAAAGACGAUUGCAUUAAAUAAUAAUCAUUU